AUGUCUACGUUCAACAAAGAAGACAGUCCUAGUAUACUGAGCAACAGAUCAAUUAUCCUGGUUAUAGCGUAUAUGCGCACCGGUUCCACGUUGACGGCUUCAAUUCUACAGGAAAGCGAGCGGUCUUUUUAUGUCUUUGAGCCGCUGCACAAACUAGAGCAAGCAUUCGCAAUCGAGCUUUUACCAUUCUUUCCCAAUAUGAAGAUUAUCCAUAUAGUGCGAGACCCAAGGGCGAUAAUAAAUUCGAGACGAAAUGUUUUGCCGCAUAGAGCUGUAGAAGAAGGUACUGAUAUUCAAUUUGUAUGUAUACCUUGUGAAGAAAGGGAUGUCUCUGCAGAACGAGACGAGGAGGUCAUGGACACCCAGUUCGAGGAUGUUGAUCAUAUGGACGAAGAAAGGGUCGCUUUACAAGAGGAUGUCUCCGCAGAACGAGACGAGGUCAUGGACACCCAGUUUGAAGAUGAUGAUCAUGUGGACCUUCUCAACGCGUCCGUGAACUACAAUGCAUCAGAACGCAAACCUCAAACGACGACAGACGACCUUGAUGGAACUAUCAAUGAUGAUUCGCCAAUCUUGGAAACCCCAGAGAUCCAAGAAACGCCGGUUGCCGAGGAACCUCUGUCCACUUCCGUUGUCGAAGAAGAACCAGUUACAUACACGCUUCUACCAACGGGCAGCAAGUUAGGCAAACCAAUUGUUGUUGGGUCCGACGGUUACGCCUACAGCAUUCUUCUCUACAAGAAAGAACUGUCCGCCAAGAUCAAGGCUCAUGCCAGUCAACAUGCCUAUCAGUCUGCGCGUGAUAUCGCGACAACAUCCCUGAACGACCGAGGUCAACGACCGAACCUGCCCAAGGUGGUAAACCUUACCAGAACAGCCAACCGUCAACGUCAACUGCUUCGCCCCCCUACACCAUCUGAUCUGAACUUCGAAGUCAACCACGAAUAUCUACAGAGUGAGGAUUUCAUUAUUGGUGACCUGAGAGUUGAUGAGGAACGUCACAUACUGUUCGCGACCCCAAAACAGCUAGAUAUCUUGCGCCAAACAAAACGCUGGUUCACGGAUGGAACCUUUAAGGUUGUUGACAAGCCAUUCCACAAUGGGCAGCCGAUGUCCAUCCACGGCUUUGUGAGAACUGAAGAAGAAAUGAAGCAGGUACCACUACUCUUCGUCCUCAUGUCCCGUCGGCGCAAGGAAGAUUAUGUUGCAGUCCUCCAGAAGGUGAAGGAUGUCCUGAACAACUUCUCCGUAGAGGGGUUCAUGAUGGACUUCGAAGCCGCUUCCUGGGGUGCGGUCAGAGAGGUUUUUCCAGGAACACAGAUCACGGGGUGUGUGUUCCACUGGAGUCAAUCAGUGUACCGUCAGGUGAAAUCACUGUGUCUCGGUCCAGCCUUCAUGGCCAAAGGGUCCAUCUGA